AUGAUCAUUAUAGGUGUAAAAAGAAAUAUAAAUAAUAGUAAUAAUAGUAAUAGUAAUAAUAAUAGUAAUAAAAAAAAAGAUAAAAUUAUGAGUCAUAAUAAUAAUAAUACCAUCACUGGCAAAAAUACAAAUGAAAUAAUGAAUAAUAAUAAUAAUAGUAAUAAUAAUAAUAAUAAUAAUAAUAAUAAUAAUAAUAAUAAUAAUAAUAAUAAUAAUGAAGAAAAUAAAAUUGAAGUUGGUGCAACACCAAAUGAUAUACCAACAUCAAUACCAAGUGUAAAAAAUUUAGGAAAGAAAUAUGAUUCAAAAGCAGAAACUCAUUUAUUAAAUCAAAAAGUUUUAUCUUCACCAUCAAAAGAAGUUAAUAGUUUAAAAAAAAGUACUAAUGGUACUAAUACUAUACCAUCAUCAAGUAUACCAUCAUCACCACCAUCAUCACCACCAUCAUCAUCGUCAUUAUCAUCUGAUCGUACAUCUCAAGAUAUUCCAAAGUCUGUAAAUGGUUUAACUGCCUCUAUAGUUGCUAAAUUUUCAAAAAAUAUUGAUAAUAACACCACAAAUAAUAAUAGUAAUAAUAAUAAUAAUUCAUCGUUAUCUACACCAAUACAAUCACCAAGAGAUUCAUUAGAGACCAAUCCAAUUAAAGAUGAAGAAUCUGAGGAAUCUGAAGAAUCUGAAGAAUCUAAAGAAGAAGAAGAGGAAUUAAAAAUGGGUAUUAAAACAACAAAGACAACUAGUGAAACUAUAGAGUCAUCAUAUUCAACCUCUCAACUAUUAAAAAAUGAUUUAAUUCAAGAGAAGGGAGAUGAUAAUAAUAAUAUUCAAGAACCACAACAACCAAAAUAUCCAACACAAACAUCAUUCAUAACAGAUAAAAGUAAAAGAUUAUCAACACCACCAAUUAAUGGAACUUCUAUUAGUAUUGGAAAUAACAAUAAUAAUAAUAAUAAUUAUAUUAAUGGUAAUAGUGGAAUUAAUACAAUACCAAGAAAUUUUCAAUCUCAUAGAGUUGCAGGUGAUUGGAAAGAUAGAAAAUUGAAUACACUUUUUACACAAGGUACAGUUGGUGGUAAUGGUCAAAAUGGUACAGUUAGAAAGAAUUUAAUUGGCACUAGAGAAUUAUCAACUUCAAGUGGUAUUUUACAAUGUAAGGAUGAUUCAUCUUCAAAAGAUCAAGAUUUUGAAUUUAACAAUAGUGCUGGUAGUAGUGGGAAUUCAAGUGCAUCAAAUAGUAAUAGAAAUAGUAUAGCAUUUUCAUCAUCCAAUCAUUUUUCAUCAGAAUCUUCACAAUCUGCUCCAACUUUACCAAUUUAUAAUCCAUCACAAUAUACAUCACCAUCAACACCACAGUCACCAUCACCAUCACCAUCACCACCACUCAUUUCAUCGAAAUCAAUUUAUAUUAAUAAACCACCACCACCACAUUUUAAUCAACAAACCAAUUUUUCAGUUUCACCAACAAAAUCACCAUCGAAUGAAAAACAACAACAAGAAGAUGAAGAUGUUAAACAUUUAGUAAGAGCAUUUACAAAUAGAAAAUUAAAUGUUCAUCAUGCAGAGAGAAAAUCAAAGAUAUCAGUCCAAGAUGCUGAAUGGAUAGUUAAAAAGUUUUUUCAUGAUACUGAUCGUCAAUCUAAAUUUGUUCUUAGUGAAAAUAGAACAAAGGAUUUAAAUCAACCAUCAUCACAGUUUUCACCAUCAACUUCACCAUCAACAAAUUCAAUUCCUACAAAUUUAUUACUUAGUAAUAAAAGAUUAUCAACAUCAUUACCAAAUAUUAAUACUAAUAUUAAUAAUAGUAGUAAUAAUACAUCAUCAUCAUCAUCAUCUUCAUCAACAACAAGUUCACCAUCACCAUUGACAACGUCAUCAUCAACUUCAGUACUACCACCACCAUUAUCAUCAUCAUCGUCAUCACAAUUAACUGAAAGUUUAAAAACUAGAAUUGAAGAAAAUAACAACAACAACAAUAAUAAAAACAUUAAUAAUAACAAUAAUAAUAAUAAUAAUAAUGGUCGUAAUUCAAUACAUGAUAGUCAAGAAAUGACAGAAUUAGAGGAUCCACAUUCAUCACCAUCAUAUAGACAUUUAGAAGAAGUAGGUAAAAAGAAAUAUGUUUCAGCCGAGCCAAGUAGAAGACCUGGUAUUAAAACACCACUAUUCUUAAAUGUACCAACAUUGGCAAUGCCAACUCAAUUUCAUCAAAUACCACCAGAAAGAGUCUCUUCAAAUUUAUUCUCUGUCUCUGUUGAAGAGAAUUCUUAUCCUGACAAUCCAUUACUUUUUAAUCAACAAAUUAUAAAUAGAGUUGCAAAUGAUAAAGAUUUAUCUUAUUUAUUCUUCCCAGUUUUAAAAUCUUCAACAAAAAUUACUUCUUCAACUUUAAAUAAUAUUAUUCCAAUAAAUAAAUUAAAUAAUCAAAUUCAUAAUAAUAAUAAUAAUAAUGUUAUUAUUAGUAAUAAUACUGGUAAUAAUAAUAAUAAUAAUAAUAGCUCUAAAAAUAAUAACACAGUUAAAGGUAAUAAGAAACAACAAAAUAAAUCAUCAUCAUCAUCACAAAAUAAUUCACCACCAAGUGAUUUCUCAUUAUCAGUUUCACCAUCGCCAUGUUCUUCACUUACUCCAUCACCAUCACCAUCACCUUCAUCACCAUUAAUUGAAUCGUCAAUGUUUACAAAAGAUUUAUCACCACCACCACCUGCAGCAGCAGCGAUAGUAUUACAACAACCAGUUGCUACAACUAAUAAUAAAUCAACUGAUAAAGAUUCAAGAAAAUCACUUUGGAGUUCAAUGAAAUCAUCAAAACCUCCAAUUUCAACAUCACAACCAUCAACUAUACAAGAUACAAUUUCAACUUCACCACCAUCAACAUCAACUUCACCAACUUCAAAUUCACCACCAACCUCAAUUUCACCACCACCACCAUCAAUUACAACAGGUUCAUCACCACCAUCAACUGCAGGUACAUCACCACCAAAUGAUAAUGGCAAUAAUAAUAAUAAUAGUAAUAAAGAAUUAACAAUAUCAAUACCAAUAACAAAUGUAAAUGUUCAUGAAAGUAAUAUAGUUGUUGCAUCAACACCAAGAAGUGGAAGAGAUUUAGCAACCAUUGUAGCAGAGGAAUUUAAGGAUAGAACUGAUAUUGUAUUUUGUACUCAACAUUUAUCAAUGAAUAGAAUUAAAGUUAGAUCAGCAUCUUUGGAUGCAAUGAUUGAUCUUUUAACAAAUCAUAGAUUAAGUCAACCUGAUCUUGUUGAAUCUUUCCUUUUAACUUAUAAAACUUUUACUUCACCAUUAGCUGUUUUAACAAAAUUAAUUGAAAGAUAUGAAGAAACUGAUAAUAUUAAUAAUAAUAAUAAUAAUAACAAUGAUGAUUUAAUAAUAUCAACAAGAACAACAGCAACAAUUACAAAUGAAGAUGAAGAUAAUUCAAAUUCAAAUUCAAAUUCAAAUAAAACAAAUAAAAAUUCAAGUAGAACAAUUAAAUUAGGAGUAUUAAGUAUAAUUAAAUGUUGGGUAGAUAGACAUCAUUAUGAUUUUGAAAGAAAUAAAGCAUUGUUAAGUGCAAUUGUUGCAUUUUUAGAAGGACCAGUUAUUGAUGAUGGUAUGGAGAAAGUUUCAAAUAUCAUUUUAAAGAUUAUAGAUAGAAAAGCCAAUGAAGCCGAAGCAAGAAGAACAGGUACAGCAUUGGUAAUGCAUACAUCAACUAGUCAUUGUAAAUUUCCACCAUCAAUUCCACCAUCAUUAUCUAAACCCGACCAAAUACCAACACUUCAAAACUUUGAUGACCUCGAGAUCGCUCGUCAAUUGACAUUGAUAGAACAUGAAGCUUACUCUAUGGUUAAACCAAAUGAAUGUAUUAAUUUGGCAUUCUCAAAAUCGGAUAAAGAAAUUCGUGCACCAAAUAUCAUAAACAUUAUAAAGAGAUCAAAUCUCUUACCACUUUGGGUCGCUACUGAAAUCGUACAAGAGGAGAGACUAACAAAACGUGCCAACAUCAUAAAGAAAUUCAUUUCAAUAGCUGAUCAAUGUAAAAAUUUAAAUAAUUUUAAUGCGGUAAUGGAGAUUUUAUCAGGCUUAAAUUUAACACCAGUAUUUCGUUUAAAGAAAACUUGGGAAACAUUACCUCGAAAAUAUUUGGCAACUUUUAGACACUUAAACUCUUUAAUGGCUCCAAAAUUCAAUUUCAAAGUUUAUCGUGACGUUUUACAUACAAAGAAUUUACCUUGUUUACCAUUUUUAGGUGUAUAUUUAACUGAUUUAACCUUUUUAGAAGAAGGUUCUUUUGAUCAAGCAGAGAAUGGUUUAAUCAAUAUUGUAAAGAGAACUCAAAUUGCAAAUAUCAUUCAAGAGAUUCAACAAUAUCAACAAUUAUCUUAUUCUUUUGCUCCUGUACCAAUAAUUAAAGAUUUUUUACUUCAAAUUGGUGGUUUACAAGAAAGAGCUUUAUAUAAACAAUCUAAAAUUAUUGAACCUUAA